UUUCUACCUUGAUUUUCUUCGGAACUGCUUUGUUUUGAUUAGCGGCAACAUGGCGGACUUGUACGAACCUGAUGUGGGAACAGCUUAUUAUCGUUCUGCAGACCCUGUUAAAAACCUUAGAUUGAGUGUGAAGUUAGAUCGUAUUACUUCAUCAAGUCUGAUACCAAAAGUUCCCGGUGCGCCGGCAGAACGACGUCCAUCAUCUGAAGAUGUUGAACUUAAAGAUCUUACAAAACAAGGCAUGAAGGACAAGGAAGAGAUUGUCAUUAGUUGGCAACAGAAAAUAUUUAGCCAGAGGGAAAUAGAACUGUACAAUUCAGAUGACCCAAAUUUUUCACCAAUAGAAAAGAAAUACCAUAAUGAAGUGAAGGCACUUCUGGACAAAGGUAAACCUGCCAACAGGAUAUUUACGUAUGUAGAUCAUGACAGAUUCUCUCAGGAGGAUGAGGCAACAGAGUAUCUCACUACAUCACCUAAGGAACAGCCUACAUUCUUAUCUGAGAAAAUGUCUCAUAUACGUAGGAGGCGUGUUGGAAUGGCCAAACAGAGGAAAGAGAGGGAUCAUACAUUUGUACCCAAGUUAAAUGUUAUAGAAGAUGAUCCUACAGAAGAGCUUAUUACCAGGAAUCAUCUGAUGGCUUCACCUGUACAAAUAAUGCAUAUCAUGGCAGAUCUCAGUCCUAGAGACAGGUUAGCAACAGAUGAGGAAGAGGUGGUUUUAUGUACAAUACAGAUAGAUGCUAACGGUGUCCUCUCAAUACAUCCAGACUUUAACAGAGGUCGAAGGGCUUACGUUAAAGAAACCCAGAAAGAAUUUGGGAAAGAUGUGUUUGAGUAUACAAUAGAACAUGCAUCAAAAGAGAUGAAUAGACAGGAACAAGAUAGGGAGAUGAAGAUGUAUAGAGAAGUUUAUACCAGACAUAAAGAUUUUCUACAGGCCUGUGUCGGUACAGAAUUUGAGCUGCCACCAGCAGAUGUUCUCAGAUUACUGGUUUAUGGAGAAAUAGAGUCUGCAAAAGAUUUUGAAUAUGACGAUCUGUAUCUUCAUUUCUUUGUUGAUCUUCCUAAAUAUUGGUCAGUUGAGAGACAUCAACAGUUGUCAUGGGUUACACAGACCUGUGCUACCAAAGUUCAUGGAAGGGAUGAUGUGGCUUAUUUUAGUUUCCCCUUCCAUUUUGAACUGUUCUAUAGAAAUGAUAAUUUAGUGGAGGAAGAGAAAGAGUUAGAGUUACCACAUUUUCCAACUAUAAUGAUAGAAGUGUUAUCAUUAGAUACGUGGAACAGAUUCCGGACAGAAGGUUACACAUAUCUUACCAUACCCGGACAACCAGGUAAACAUAAGGAGAGACUACAUUGUUGGCGACCUACUGGUACAAGUAUGACAUCACAGCUACGCAGGUUUUUCAUUGGUGGAUCACCAGAGCUAGAGGAUCCCACCUACUCAGCCAUUCCUUCAACAUUUACUGGAACACACUUGAGUAAGUUUGGAUUUAAGACAGAAACAACAGGAAGUGUGGAUGUUAACCUAAAUGUGAUGAUGCAGUCAAGGGCAUUUAGAGAGAAGAAAGCCAGUAAACAGUCAUUAAGUUCUCUACUGGAGGCAUUAGGAAUAAAUGCUGUACAACAGAACAUCACAAAUGUGUUAGAUGCCUUCAAGAAGGCUCGGCAGCGUAUGUUAAAUGCUCGUGAAAGUGCAACAAAAGAUUUGAUAAAAACUUCAUCACGAACAGCCACUGCUUGAAAUAAGGUUCAAAAUAAAGUAUAAAAGAAAAUAUCCGUCCUUGUUAAGUUGUUAGAUAUAAUAAGAUUGUUAUGAUGAAUGCUGAAGUGUCUUUUCAGUAAAUGAUAUAUAAAAACUAGAUCAGUGUAAGAUUAUGAUAGUGGUUACAGUAAUGAUGAAGUUAAAUUCCGGCAGCCACAAACAAGAUUGAGGCCUCAAUGUGGUGUAACAGGAUUCUGUUUAGCAUUGAUAUUUUUCAUAACUUGCUUUAUAACACAAGAUAAUCCAUGUUUGAAUAACCAAUAAUAACCUAUGCUGUCUGUAUCAUUUAGGAGAUUGAUAUCAAUUUUGAGUGCAUUGUUGUUGAAUAAUGCAUGGUUCAAGUUCAAAUCUGCUGGAAGAUAAUCGUGAAGACAGAUAUGCUAUGCACUUGAUCACCCUAUCUGUCUGAUAGGCAUGUUAGAAUAUUCAUGAUGGCUUAAUCUCAUUACAAUGAAAGUAGUAAACUUGUUAUUCUGUUAAGGUAUUUUGAAUUCUUUAGUUUGAGGAAUUUAUCUAAAUAAACCACUUACUAGUCACUUACAGAAGUGCAUGCUGACCUGGCUCAUUACUGGUGGCAAAGGUUUCCAGUUAUUUUGUUGCUUGCAUUAAAAAGUCACAUUUGUAAAGGUACCUAUCUUGAUUUUGAAUACAAUAUCACUAUUAUUGUUAGUGAACUUAGUGGCCUUAGAUAGAGAUGUAAACUACAUCAACAAGUUUUGUACAUGUGUUAAAGUUGAUCUAAUGUAGAUGAAUCUCUUAAUGUUUGUUUUUAUGGAUCAUUUGUAUAAAAGUGUAAAUAUAGAUUAUUUAUAAACAUAUUAUGACAGGCUUUUAAUAAUAAAAAGAAAAAAUCCAU